UUCCACUGGAGACGCAGUUCAACAAUUUCUCUGCAGUCGUAAAAAUGAAAUUGGAGUGGAGGCAAGUUGCAUUAGUGCUUUUAUUCUUAUCCACUGCAAAAUGCCUGGAAAACUACGAGGAGUAUGUGAUGAGCUCGACCAUCACCUUGUGGUGCGUUGGCGAAGGAGAAUUGACGUGGCGCUUCCACCCAGACUACCUUGUUAACAACUUUAAGGAGCUGCACGGCAAACAGGCAGCCUCGAGCAGCGUUGGUCAGCAAAGAGGCCGGGCGCUUUUAAAGUACAAACCCCAACGGUUCGUCAUUACCAUCGAAAAUGUCCAGCUGAAUGACACGGGCACUUAUUCGUGCUACGAAAAUGGAGUUAUGAAAAACUCUACUCACGUGUUUGUCCAUGAGGAUCAUGAGUGCGGGAAAGAGAUAGUUCCAUUAGAUGAUGCAGAAAUGGCCAACUUUGUAGUUGGUUACGGAGAAGAUUUCAUCAUCCCGUGCCGCACAACAAAGAAAAACGCAAAAGUUUCGAUCCGUGACCCACAUGAAAGUGACACUGCUUACGAAUUUGACCCCAAACUUGGUUUCAUCGUACGUAAUGCUUCUUUACGAGCACAUAACAAUUGGUGGGUCUGUGAAGCAGAAAAACCGCCUGAAUGUGAGGAUCCCUGGCAUGAAGACACAAUUCUUUUUACCGUCAAUGUUACCUUUGACGAGAAAUUGAUUCGGCCUCGCAUUAAAGAACUGAAGGAAAAUAUUGUAAGAGAAGGAGAUGGUAUUUGUCUCGAGUGCGAAAUUUAUUGUAAAGACGACAAAACCAAGUUGGUCUGGCUUUUUCCAAAUGGAACUGUGAUUCCGUCGAGCGAUCGCUUUGCUCUUCAAGAGUCGACGAAGAGGGCCGGUCGAGGCGUCGACAGCGUCGACCCAGUAACUUUGACUUUGGUGCUCAGUAUUUCAAACUUCACAGCCGUAGACGCCGGAGCCUACGUUUGCCAAGUGAAAGAUCGCAAAAACUUGACAGCGCGAAUUGUAUUAGAAACAAGUAAUGAAAACGUUGCGAAGCCAAGAUUAUAUCUGAGUAUUGACAAUAAGGGAGCCCAGGAAUUAGUUUUCAAUGAGACUCAAAUGCCAAAUACAGUGCGGUGGGUUGUGAAUUAUGCCCCAAGUGAUGCGACUGUGCAAUGGUUUUUGCCGGAUGGAAGACAAACUACGCAAAACUCGAAGCACAACAUUACCAAUUCCAGGUCCAAGAAGCAAAAAAGUUUCGUCAUUAACUCGCUGCACCCGAGCGACGCAGGAGUUCACAAAAUUGUUGCUAGCGUGAAUGGAAGCAGGGAAGAGCUCAAUCUCACACUAAGGAUAAUUGGGAAACCAAUCGUGCAUCUGAUGAAUUUGUCCUCAUUGUACUAUCCAGGGACUAGCUACGCUGUUGGUUGUCAAGUGAUAAACAAUCAGAACGCAGAUUUUACUUGGGAAUUCAAAUGCAUGAAUCAUAAUAAGAAAAUUGAUUGUGACACACUUCACAAACAUAAUCUUGGAUUCAGAAUACCCUCUAGUCCAUUGCACAUAUCUAAUGGAAGUUUUUCAUCGUAUUUCUUCCACGCAAAUAUGACCGGAAAUCUUACUUGCAAUGCUUGCAAUGAAAUGGGCUGCGGCUCCAAUUCUACUAUCAUGAUCGUCACCAAUAGGCGAAGUCUAAUACAAUUAGUUGUGAAACCAAACAAAGUUUAUGAAGGAGAUGAUGUUCAGAUUUCAUGCUACGUUCCUAAAUAUCCAUGCGUCAAAAAAUGGGAAUGGUCGUGCCAGAGAAACGAAAGCUUUGAACCGAAAAUUCUCAUAACCUCUGAUAGUGUUCGCAUCUCUAGCUCUGAGGACAAAUAUUCAUACUUCAGUGAAGUUACUAUCAGUCAAGUACAAUCUAACCAAUAUGGGAACUACAUUUGCAAGGCAAAGUGCGAGCAGGAAGGUGGUCAUGAAAUUCAACAUUCUUAUAGUCUAGACCCAAGAAGGGUAAUAACACCCAAAUUCCAGAAGCUAAAAUAUAGUAAGGAAAUUUCUGUGACUGAAGGAAAAUCUACUGAGCUAGAUUGUGAAGUUGAAGCAGACCCUCAGCCUUUAAUUCAAUGGUUUCGUAAUAUGGAACCAAUAAACGAAACUGAGCAAGGCGGUGGGCGCUUUAAAAUACCUUACGCAACUCUUUCUGACGAUGGGAAUUACGAGUGCAGAGUUUCAAGCAGGGGUAAUUACAUUUCCAGGGAAUUUCAUCUCAUAGUCACCACAAAAAGCUCGUGGAACCCUCUAGUCUUGAUUCCCAUAUUAAUAGUUCUUGUCCUGCUCAUGUCGGUUGUAAUUUACCUUCUACGCGCGGUCAAAAAGGAAAAGAUGAAAGUUCAACGCUUGACUGCCCAAGACGUGAAACUAUUCUUAGAGGGUGCGACGGAGAACAUCGACUUUACGAUGGCUCUGGACCAGCAAGCCGAUCUUUUGCCAUACAACCCCAACUACGAAUUUCCCAGGGAGCACCUUAAACUAGGUCGGCAACUUGGAAGCGGCGCUUUUGGCAGGGUUGUUCGCGCGGAGGCGAGUGCACCCCUGUUUGGCACCACGACUGAUUUUGAAAGUUCAGCCGCGGACGAACAAGAGCCGCAUAAUCCGACCAUCGUGGCAGUCAAAAUGGUCAAACCGAGCGCCGAGCUCUCGCAAAUCAAGGCGUUGAUGACCGAGUUGAAAAUUUUGAUUCACGUUGGAAAGCACCUGAAUGUAGUCAACUUGCUUGGCGCCUGCACCUCAAAUUUGAGCAACAAGGAGUUAUUAGUCAUUGUGGAGUACUGCCGCUUUGGAAAUCUGCACUCGUAUCUUCUAAGGCAAAGAGACAAUUUUGUGGAUCAGGUCAACCAUUUAAAGGACACCCUGGAUUUUUCAAUUGGCGCCAAAGACGAGGACGAAAUGCAUUACGAAAAUCACAGUGUGAUAAUGGAGCAGAAACAAGUUUUGUUCAAGAAUGAAACCAGGACGAUAAUUUACGAGCCCGACUGCGAUAACAAAUACCACGGGGAAGCGACGUCAACCACGGAUGGAAGCAGCGUCACCGAGCACUGGACCACAAAGUACAGGAGCGACUUCAAAGGCGAGCUCAAGCGGAUAACCACCAAAGACUUGGUUUGCUGGAGUUACCAAGUAGCUCGUGGCAUGCAAUAUCUCGCUUCGAGAAGGAUUGUGCACGCCGAUCUGGCUGCAAGGAAUAUUCUAUUAGCCGAGAAUAACGUGGUCAAAAUUUGCGACUUUGGUCUUGCUCGGAAUUUGUACAACGACGCAAAUUAUCUUAAAAAAGGAGACGAUCCCCUUCCGGUCAAAUGGAUGGCAAUUGAGUCAAUUCAGGACCGCGUUUUUUCAUCUGAAUCGGACGUUUGGUCAUUUGGAAUUGUGCUAUGGGAAUUUUUCACUUUGGCAAGAACACCUUACCCAGGGAUUCCUUUGGAUGAGUACUUUUUGCCAAGAUUAAGUGACGGGUAUCGCAUGGAGAAGCCACAAUACGCAACUUCACAAAUAUAUCGAAUCAUGAGGUCAUGCUGGGAUGGAAAUUCUUCUAAAAGACCUGACUUCAGCGAGCUCGUCAACAAAUUGGGCCAAAUUCUGGACGACAAUGUCAAACAAUUUUAUCUUGACCUAAGCGGCCCCUACAUAAGAAUGAACUCGCUUCAGCAGGAAAUCUAUGAGAAAGAAUUAAGACUCUCCUCUUCAAAAGAAACUCCAGCUCGAGUGUCUGAUGUGAAAAACUUAGGUUGCGAAGCAAACGGAAAGCAAAAUGCAGUCAACAACCCUAUGUACACUGUGCUACCUACAAAAACGGGUAGUUAUGUGAACUUGUCAAAAGGAAUCUCAAAAGAGGCAGAUGUUGAUUCUGAGGGCUAUGAAGGAUAUCUUAAAAUGAAUCCAUCUAAGAGUGAAAAAGCUUCAAUUUACACCUCGCGGGAGUCUAGUGUUAAUGUUUAAUGAAAGAUCAAAGACUAAUUAAUUCACAUACCAUUUCUCUCACAUUUUAUUUGCAUUAUUUUGACUGCUGUUAUAAAAUUAAAACAAACGUUUAUUUAUAUUACA